GGAAUCGCGUGACCAGAUGUUGCACGCGGCAGCGAACGCGACGAGUCUCGCUGGCGGUGCGACGGUACCAUCGCGGCCGACAGCCGACAGCCGCGGGUGAAAGUACGAGGAACCGGAGAGGAACGGGAACGCGCGCGAUGCGCGCGAGUUCCUAACCUGCCGAGCUGUCCAGCGUUGUGCGGAGUCAUCGCGAUGUGAAUCCGUUUCCCUUAGCUACGCGAUUUACGUAAAUUCCUCGUAGGAUCCCCUUGUCCCCCUCCCUUGUGUCGUCGAGCGCCCCUGAAAUGGCGUGUCCGGUGGAACGGCUCAGAAUUUACUUCGUCACGUACAAUGUGGCUACGAGGUUCCCAGAUCCCAGACAGGACCUUCAGCAGCUCCUGGGCAUUGCAGCCUGCGACGAGUCAAAGCUGUGGCCAGAUUUAUAUUUCAUCGGUUUGCAGGAAGUUAAAUCCCAACCGCAAAAUAUAGUGUUAGACUAUAUACUAUUCGAGGAUCCGUGGACUAAAGCCUUUAGAGAUGUGCUGAAGAAGUAUGAUUACGUGAAAAUACGUUCGCAACGGUUGCAGGGUCUUGUUCUGAAUGCUUUCUGUCUGAGGAAGCACUUGACGCAUUUAAGAUUGAUAGAAGCUCAGUAUACCAAGACGGGUUUCGGUGGCAUGUGGGGAAACAAGGGUGCGGUGAGCGUAAGAAUGAAUGCCUACGGAGUCAGCAUUUGCGUGGUGAACACGCAUUUAACUCCUCAUGACCAUUUGCUAGCCGAUAGAAUAGCAGAUUAUAAUACCAUCGUGACAGAUCAUACUUUUACUGCUCCGUUUACAUCGAGAAUAUUAUAUCACGACUAUAUAUUUUGGAUCGGCGACUUGAACUUUCGACUUAAUGGAGAGGAGUUAACCGCCGCCGAUAUAGACUUACUGGUGAAGAAGAAGCAAUUGAAGGAACUUCUCGAAAGAGAUCAGUUGAGAAUGGUGAUGAAGGAGCAACAAGCCUUCGCCGAACUUAAUGAAAGUAGCAUCACGUUCCCGCCUACUUACAAAUACGAGUUUGAGUCCCAGGAAUUUGAUCUCAAGCGUAGACCGUCUUGGACCGACAGGAUUUUAUACAAAGUAAAUGCGGCAGAUAUAUAUGACGACAUAGAAAUUCACACUGAGCAGCUUACUUACAAGAGCCAUCCCAAUUAUAGUGUUUCCGAUCACAAACCUGUAACUGGAGAGUUCAAUAUCGUGGUCAGACCUAAUGUAGAAAACCACUUUGUGGAAUUUCAAGACUGUACCGUGGAGGAAAAUUUUAUAUCUUACAAACUGCAGAGAGAUUUCAUUCCAAGCAACGGAGACUGGAUAGGUCUCUUUCCUAACGAAUUUUCCAGUUUAGAUGAUUACAUCAUUUACGAAUACGUUAGCCGCGGUAAACCAACAUCAAUUUCUGACGAACCUCACGCGAACACGGAACGAAUAUCAUACAAUGACUCGGCGCUUCGUCUGUCGGAAAUGUAUUGCUUGGUGUAUGUAGCUCAACGAGGAGAUCUUAUGGAGAUUUUGGGUGUGAGUCCGGAAUUUUCGGGCCCUCGCAGAUCUAUCGAACAGUGUGUUUUAGCUACAUAAAUUUUAUAGCGAACAAUCAAUUCACUUACAAAAUAGCUUGCGCUUGUGAUCGGUAAUCGUUUUACCGAGAGAUUAAAUAUCAAACUUCGGUCAAUUUUCUAGAUGAACGAAAAUAUUUUUUUUACUUGAUUUUUUGUUGUCUUAUUACCACAAUCUUCUGGGAAUUCUUAAAUAUUUUAAGGGUGAAAUAGGUUCACUACUCUAAGUAAGUUGUGACUUGGGAAGUUAAAUGAAUCAAGAAAUAUGGCCUUUAAUCGGAGGGUGCUUUUGGUAUGGUGUGAUAAGUUUAUAAAUUAGAAGCAUCACAUGAACGAUGCUUUGCACGUAGGAUUUAAAUGUUACUUUUGGUACCUGGUUUUCGCACUCUCAGGCUGCCGCUUAGAGUGCACAGCGGUGUAUUUAACGUCCGCUUUAGAGCUUACAGUGAGUGCACGUUUUUCUACACGCGAGAUCUUCCUCGAUUCAUUGACGCCCGCUGUUAUUAGAGAAUAGGAUAGGUAUAUAAAUAUUUUUUCCUGCCUCUCGAGCGUCAAUGGAUUAUGCGAGUGCGCUCACGUUAUAUAUCAUGACUAUUUUCGUAGUAUAAUUUUUCGCAGCUAAUUUGGAUUCUGGCAAAGUACGCUUGUACUAUAAAGAUUAUAUUGUUUGUUAUAUGUAUAUAUAUAGCGCGCUGUCGAAAAAAAAGUAAACGAACAAAUGUACACUAUGGUUUUAAAGGGAACGCAAGAAUAAAGGAUAUUAAUAUUUUUUA